GGAAUGUAUUCGCAAACAUGUUUCGCGUACUACUAAUUGCAGCUUUCGCCUCUGUCAUCCUUGGAGCUUCCAUUCCUCGAGGAGCGCUGCCCAUUCCCGAUGGCAGGAUCAUUGGUGGUGAAGAAACAACCAUUGAGAAGUAUCCAUAUCAAGUCUCCAUCAGAUACAUUGGGUCUCAUCGUUGUGGAGCUUCCGUAUUGAAAACCAAUGUGGUGUUGACUGCUGCUCAUUGUGUCUAUGGAGCAUCUAAACUCCUCCUUCGUUUUGUCGCCGGCUCGAGUCAACGUAACUCGGGUGGAUCAUCAAUUUAUCCUGACAAUAUUGUCAUCCAUAGUGGCUAUUCUCCAUCAACUGCACAGAAUGACAUAGCAUUGGCCAUUUGUCAGGAACACUGGGUGUUCUCAGACACUAUUCAACCAAUUCAACUUCCGAGUGCAUCCCCUGCAGUUGGAUCGAGUGUAAUAGUGAGCGGUUGGGGUACAGAAUCCGAAGGAGCAAGUGAGAUUCCUAUCAAUCUUCGAGCAGUUGAGGUGAAGAUAGUGGACAAGAAAUACUGUAGUGAUGCCUAUGUUCCCACCGGUUAUCCGAUUUUGGAAGGAAUGUUAUGCGCCGCAGUAUCAGGAGGUGGAAAGGAUGCUUGCCAAGGUGAUUCCGGUGGUCCAUUGAACAGUGGAUUGACCCAAGUUGGUAUCGUCUCAUGGGGAUGGGGAUGUGCUCAAGCCGACUAUCCAGGAGUGUACACCGAUGUUGCAACUUAUGCUUCCUGGAUCAAUUCGAACGCAUAAGAUUUCAAUUUUUAAUUUUUCUGAAUAUAAUGGUGUGGAAUAAAUCAAUUAAAAAAAGAAAUAAUUUUCAUUUUA